AUGGCCAUGGCUGAGCAGCCAUGGCCCAGGUGUGACUCAUAUCAUAGCCCCAACACCAACAGCUGUCAGGACCUGGGUAACUCCAUCCUGUUGCUGCUGGGCCUCAUCAUCUGCAUUAACAUUGGCAUCAAUCUGGUGACGCUGCUCUGGCGCAGACUUCGUGUCUUCUUACACCACAUGUUCUGCCAUAUGGUUUGUGACAAAGAAGCUUCUAAAUUAUCCUCACGGGGAAAGACCUCACCCCCAAAGCAGAACUCCCCUGCAGUCCACCUUAGAUGCACCAUGGACCCUUUGAAAAUGACCCUGACACCCCCACCUGCUCGCUGCCUUCGCCAUCGAGGCUCAUCAGCACGCUGUGCCCACCACCCAACAGCCUGGGCACCUGACACUGACGAUGAGGAGAAGGCCCCUCAUCAGCAUCCAGCAGUCUACUCCCACAACUGGGAUCAUCCCUCAGACUGGGAAGGCUUCCAAUCCACCCAGGGGUUCUGGGCUCCCUGGGCCCAAGACUCUGUGGAGCUGCCUCCCCAGACCAUUCGUUUCCAGCAGACCAUAGAGGGAAGCCCCCUCAAAAGAGAGAUUCGGUCAGAACUGGACCUAGAGGCCUAUGUAUACCCUGUGAAUCCCCCGCCCCCCAGCGCUCAGGUCCCAAACUGUAAAAACAGUGGAGGGGGGACAAGGAUCCAAGGGGAGCAGGAGCAGUGCUCCCCUGACCCCCCAGCUCCACCACCAAUCAAGGGUCCAGCACUUGUCCCAGAUAUCCCUCGGCGUCCCUCCUCAGCCCACAUAACGUAUGAUGCCCGUGAUGUGAGGCGGCGGCUUCGGGAGCUGACCCGGGAGGUGGAGGCUCUGUCCCACUGUUACCCCAUGGCCUCCAGAUCCAGUACUGCUGAGGGGAUGGGCAAGGACUGGGUAUACCGUCCCCUGGCAGAGAGGUGA